UGCAUGAGACGUCCCGCGCCCGCCCAUUUUUUAAUUUUGUUUGGUUAUAAGUUUUGUUGUUUUUAGUUAUGAUCCUUCUAAUAAACUAUAUGUAUUUUCUUUUUAAUAUUUUGCAUCAAAAGGAAAGGUUCUAAUUGGCCCCUUUGCAAAUCCAACGAUGGUUAAAACGCAAGAGCAAAAACUGAUCAGACGUAAACACAAAGCGCUAGAGAAUGGACAUCAAACGACCCUAGCGUCGAUAUGCAUAGAUUUGGGAGAGUUUUACGAUCAGGAAGAGAGAUACGAGGAUGCCAUCGCCGAAUUUCAAAUUGUCGCCGACAUUUACAAGGAGAUGGGGAAGCUGUUGGACUACGGACGUGUGUGUAGAGGAAUCGGCGAGGCGUACAUCAACUUACAGGACUACGAGAAGGCUUUGGAGUACCAACAGACCUAUUUGGAAAUCGCCAAGGAGCAAGGUAAUAAAUUGGAAGAGCAACGUGCACUCGCCACCAUUGGCCACAUACACCUAACGCGGUAUUUGAACGAAGUCGACAAUCCCAACCAACACACUCUACAUUCGGCGUCGAAAGCGUUUAAGAAAAGCUUGACCAUCUGCGAAAGCUUGACAGACGUGAAAAAGCACGAGCACAAGGACAUGAUCACGCGACUUCUCGCCAAUUUGGGCGUGGUAUACGAGUGCGAGGGGAAGUACGAGAAGGCGGAGGAGUUGCUGAGAAAAUCCAUCGAUAUUUGCAAGACUCACGAUUUGUUCGAGCAGUUGCAGCGCGGUUACACGUGCCUGGGUACGUUGUACGUGCGCAAGAAGCAGUACGAUGAGGCGAUUCGACAGUAUAAUUUGGCAAUGGAGGUUGCAGGAAGACUGAAAAAUAAAGCUCAAUUAGUCAGCGCUGCAUUACAAUCCAAGGCAGAUAUUCUAAUAAAAAUGGCGGAUUUUUACGGCGCACGAACUCAGCUGCUUAAGGCCUACAAACUGGAACAAUCGAAUGCAGAUGAUAGGCGCGUGAUCGAGCAAAAUCUGAAGAUUGUUGCGGCGAUGUGCAAGGUUGAAGAGUCGCUCCUAACAACCGACAAUCGCGAUUACGUCACAAAGAAGAAUCUCUACGAAAAGCUAGGCGAUGGAGCUUCGCAUUUAAAAAACUUUUCGUACGCCAUAGACUGCUAUCAGAAAAUGUUGGAGGCGGCGACGAAUAAUAAAGACACGGGCUCACAGCUUAGCCCGUGCUACAUCAGCCUGGCCGAGACAUAUCGGGACGACAAGCAGUACGAGAACGCGGUCAAGUACUUUCGAGAGGACUACAACAACAGUGACGUUCCGCGGGAGCAAGUCGCGACAUUGCUUAGUAUCGCCGACUGUAUGGACGCGGGAGAAUACGAUUCAAACGAAAUUGUCGGCGUUUACGAUGAGGCGCACGGCAUGUGCAGAGUAAUCGGCGACGGGCGCCUAAGUUUUAAAGUGUUAGCGAGUUACGCGGCGUUCCUAAAGAGGCAUCGCAUGCACGAAAAUGCUGUUAAAAUUGAACAACAUCUCAACGCGAUUAAUGGGGCGGAUGUCGAUACUGAUUCCGAAGCCGCAGAUGCGGUGUUAACACCCAACUUAGGUGACGACAUAUCAAUUAAAGAUAUCACGGACAUAUCUGAUGAUAGCGACACAGAAAACCGCACCACCCGAAGGCGAACAAAAGGUUAUGUGGUUAAACGUAACAAUAAGGGCGAAACUCAACUGCACACCGCUUGCAUCCACGGCAAUUUUGAGCUGGUAAAGAGACUGAUAACCCAACGCCAUCCCGUGAAUAUCCGAGACAACUGCGGCUGGCUACCCAUUCACGAGGCCUGCAUUUGCGGCCAGCUGGAAAUUGUGCGGUUGUUAAUUGACAACGGCGCCUCGAUCAACGAUCGGGGAGGUACUCUCUGUGAAGGAACAUCGCCGCUUCACGACGCCGCACUCAACGGACAUCUCGAAGUGGUCCAGUUGCUACUGGACAGUGGCGCGUCGUCCAUUGCGAAGAACGACAGCGGACAAAUUCCUUUACAGGUCCUGAAAGCGUGGCGAGCCGGUCGCCAAUUGGACGAUACCCAAGAGGCCUUAUACAACGGUCUGGUGAGACGGCUUUCGGGCGAGGCCGGAAAGCUGGGGCUGCCGGAGGAGUCUGUCGAUUUGAGCGAAAGCUCCGCGUUUGUCGCGAACUGUAGCGACGAAGAGGAAGGGGUCGUUCCCGCGCAACGAAAGCUGAGAGAUCGGCGUUGUUCACAGGUUGGCAAUUUGCGCAGAAACGUGGGCUGUGACGAGGAUUUGGAUCGAGCGAGAAAAAAGCGGCACUCGACGGAGAGCUCGACAUCCGCCAAGGAUGAGUAUAGAAAGGUUAUGGAACAAAUGAGGCAUCCUACCAGAGAGAAGUCUGGGGAUAGGAAACGAAAGUCGACUGAGAAUAUCAAACAGUCGGUGUACGUGGAGGGCGAUGAUGAUAAUUGGUUGGAAAAUGAUGUGGCAUCCACGAGUAAAAAGCGUAAAACUACGAGCGCCACCUUUCGUCGACACAGCAGCGCCAGCGCCACGAACUUGCUACCGGUACCCGCAUCCGAAAUUCACACACGAACAAUCAAAUGGUUGGCGGAUGAGGCCUCUUUAAGAUUUAGCAGGAAAGAAUGCAUGAAACCCGACCUAGAAUUAGAAACAAAAAAUGGAGCAGUGCUCGCCGACGAUGACUUUAUAAGCGUCUUAUUCUCCGCCGGCUUGUCACACGCCGAAGAAGUCGAAGCACGCAUUACCAAGUGGAACUUACUGCCCCUUUCGGAGAGAUACGCCGAAGCCUGCGCCGUCGAGACCAUCGCCCCCUCGGACGAGCUGAUGAAGAUCUUGGAAACCGUGUCGAUAUCACUGAGUUUGGCCAACUUAAACUUGGGCGACCGAAAGAUCAGUCCCUUGUGCAGGGUGAUUAAUCGACAGCUAAACUUGCACUCGCUAAAUUUAUCGGGCAACUUCAUACACGACGACUGCUUUCAAGUGCUGUGCACGUCGUUGCCCACCCUUGAAAACUUAUGCGACCUGAAUUUAAGCCUGAACCAGCUGACGUGCGUCAGCCUGCGAUAUCUCACCGAGGUGUUCACGCAAACGCCCACCCCAGUUUUGGCGAAUCUCACCAAGCUCGACCUGAGCCACAAUCCGCUCGGAAACGAAAGCCUCAACUUUCUGAGCGUAAUCACUCGACACUUGAAGCUUAAAACGUUAAACCUGGCGGACGUCGACUUUACCGGCGGGUUAUUCGCGAGCGAGCAGCAAGCCGAUUUAAACUUGGACUCGGUGUCCAAUUUCGAUGUCGGCUACAACCGAUUGGGAAAUGACGAAAUCGCGACGUUUCUCUCCUGGCUCAAACCGCAAAACAUCGAAUCGUUAAACUUAGGGGAUUGUUCCGAAAUCGGUGAGGGUUUGGUCAAGUCGGUCGUCGAAUGGAUGCAAACGCGCGGUAACACCGGGCUACCGUUGAAGGUGUUAAAUCUGUCGAGGACUUGUGCAACCGACAACGAAAUUUUUGAGCUGUUAAGGUACUUGACUAUCGCGAGUCAACUCUUCUCGAUUAAUUUGAGUUACAACGCGAGUUUAACUACUCCAUCCCUGAGGCGCGUGUUGGAAAGCUGUCCGACAGUGACACACUUGAAUUUGACAGGAUGUGAUAAUAUAGUUAAAAAUUUGGAAUGCUGCACGGAAGAAUUUUGGAAUGGUGUUCGUCUAAGAGAACUAAAGCUCUCGGGGGAUUUUGAGAAAUAUGCCAGAGCGAAAGAGACUGUUGUGAAUAUGUGGAAAAGUAUUCAUAAUGGCGGCGCGCGAGUGCUGCAAUUACGAAACUUUCUCCAUUUUUCACUUGUGAAAUAGUAAAUAUUUUUUUAUUUCUGUAUUAUAAAUAAUAAAGUUUGUCUAUUUUGCCU